ACAUGGCAACAUUUCACUUUUGUUCCACUUUUAUGAUAUGAAACUUUUACUUAAUAGUUUAUAAAAAAGCUAUUUAACAUCAUUUGGAGGCUGUAUGUUUAAACCCAGAAGACAGAUACUGUCUCACUGUUGAACAAUGCUCAUUUCCUGAAGUAAAUUUCAUAAUAGUUCAAAGCAGAAAUUACCUUCAAUAAAACUUGAUGCCUUAUUUUCCAGCUAUUUCAGUGCUUUCAUUGGUUCACAUUCCUUCUUUCAUUGCGAGGAUUUGUGGCUGAUAAUUCAAAGUUGAACAUUUCCAAAAUUCAUUACAAUUUUCUUUAAGUAACUUUCUGCCUUCCAUCUCAGUUUUAGAUUUUGUCCCUUUCCUCUGUCCUCACUUUAUCAAGAUACAACACCACAAUGUGGUCCUGGAGCUUCCCAUCAUGAAUAUUUACGUGUGACAGAAAAGAACACGCAAACUUACCGAUUAAAAAUAUAUUCUACACAAGUUAAUGCAUCUCCAAUGGCACUGUAGAGAGGAUAUGUUUUUAAGAUUAUGUGCAUCACUAAUAAAGAAAGCUUAUCCUUGGGAAGUGAAGCUUCUUGAACUGUUGCAGUCUAUUGUUAGAUAAGGAGUUUCAGGGCUGUGAUUCAGUGACAACAAGUAAAUAAUGUACAAAUCACAAAAUGGCGUGUGCUUUAAAGGUGGUAGAGGUCCUUCUCGGUAUUGGAAUAGAUGAGUUGGGAGGUGCUGUCAGAGAAAUUUUGACACAGUGCUUGUGUGCAUCCUGUGGAAAGUAUAUAAUACAAUCAUGGUGUGUAAGAAGUGGAAGAAAUGGAUGUUAACUGUGGAAGAUGGUUUGACUGAAUAGCAAACUGUUCAGUCAUGAAUGGGACUGAGCUUCAUAAACUUUGUUGCUGCUGCAGUCAUCCAGAUUAACACCACUAUUUUAAUAUGACCUACUGAUGAUGGAAGUAUGGAGAAUCAGAAGUUGAGCCACUGCUUGCAGAAUUAUCCAGCUUCUGUUCUACUCUGAUAGUUGUAGCUUUGAUGGUUCUGAGGCAUUUGUCAUGGAGGAGAUUGGUGAUGCUAAUAUCAAUGAACAGCAUGAGGAGGUGGGACAUGGUUGUUGGGAUGGAGCUUGUGGCUCAAACUUUUACAUGCCAAUUAUAACCCCAUGCCUGAACACCGUUCAGAUCUUGCUGCGUGCUGACAAUAAAGAUUGGACCAGGUCUUGGGAGACACCUCUUAGUAAACACAGAUAUCCAUGAUGAAAUUUACCUGUUUGCUUCACUCUCUGACGAAUUACAAUCAGAAUUGAAUGCUGUCCAUUAUUCAGCAACAUCCGUACUCCUGAUCCAAUUGUGAGGGGAAAGUCAAUAAUGAAGCAGUAGUACAUGGGCAGGAUUAGAAUACGGAGGCGAAGGUCACUGAUGAAGCCACUGGAAAUCUUUGAGUCCAGGAAACUCUCCUGAGGAACUCCUCUGCAUCAUUGCACUGGGUUUGAGAGGAUUGGGCUCCAAGUACUAUAGCCAUCUUCCUUUCAUACUGGAUAUGAUUCAGUCAAAGCCUUUAGAUAUGGCAAAUAAUCCAUCAUGGUAAACCAUCAUGCAAAAUCUGUUAAGUACUGCGAUAUAAGUUUUGGUGCAACAUGUUAUCCAAGAUGCAGAAGAGCCCAAAUGACUAAUCAUAUAGAUACGCUUAUUGUAAAGCAAAUCCAUUUAUCUAGAUGGACACUGGACAUGGUCUCUAUCACACAAUUCUAAAAAAAAUUGCAAGGAGCAGCAGCAACUACUUUAGUUGGCCUUUUUCAAUCUCAUGAAAGCCUUUGACUUCAUCAAUCAAAAGAGUGGAGCACAUUUCUCAAAUUUGGCUGCCCACAGAAGUUUGUCUCCAUUUUAUGUCUGCUCCAUGACAGCAUGCAGGCCACGAUACAAUGUUGGUGAACAUCGGCAUCAAACAAGACGUCAUUACCCCAACAGUUUUCUCAAUUUUUCUUGUUGCAUGCUGUACUUCAGUUCUAACAGACUUCCUGAGGUGGAGUAACCUUCAAAACUGACAGAAAACUGUCAAAAUAAUGGUGACUGCACACGAUAACAUGGUCACCUUAAUCUCAGUACACAGACAGCCCUUGCGUUUAUGCAUGCUUAGGGGCCUAACUCUAAGCCCUCAUCGACUUGUUCAAUGAAGCAUAAGAGAGCCUUGCAUUCUGCAUCCCCUAUUCAAAGGUUCUCUACCAACAAGCUUCUACUGCAAUGCACUUUUCUGACAAUAAAGAUUCAUGUUGUGGAUCAUAUCUUGGGAGCCAGUUCUCAGUGAAUGCAGAUAUUCAUGAUGAAAUUCACCUUUGUCUUCAACAUGCCAGCAGAGUUUUUGGUCAAUUGAGGGAAAGGGUACCUGGGGAUCAAGAUCAUGGAUCUGACACAAAACACACGGUCAACAGCGUAGGAAUGAUCCCUGCCCUCCCAUAUGAUUCUGAGACCUGAACUAGUUAGAGAAAGUACCUCAUGGCUCUGGAAAGAUGCAACCCAAGCUACCUCUGCAAAAUCCUUCACACUCAGUGAAAGGAUAAGGAAACCAAUCCCAGAAUGCCCUCCCAAGCCCACAUAUCUAGCAGUGACACCCUAGGUGCAUUGAGUUGGCUAGGUUAUGUUGUUUGCAUGUCCAACACCAAAUUUCUGAAACAAACAAGCCCUAUCACAGUUAAAAAUAUAUCAGGCAGUGCAAAAGAUUAAAACCUCCUGGAAGAAAUACAUCCAUGUUAACACUUGGUAAUUUCUGGUUCAUGACCAGUGUGGAGAAGGAGCACGUGGGGCGAUAUGGAGAACCGCAACUCCGUGCAUGGGAGCACACAGAAGCCCUGAGUCAGCAGCAGGUGGGGCACAACACCUCAAAAACCACCCACUCUCGGGUCAGUCACCUUCUGUCUGAUCUGUGGAAGAGUCUGUGGUUUCCACACCAGCCACCUCAGAAACCACAAAUCAAGAGUGAAAGUAAAUCAAGAGUGAAAGCAAAUCACCCUCGGAUCCCGAGGGACGGCCUGAGGAGAGGAAGCCCCAAGGAGUGAGCGGCGUCCUCUUGCUGCACUGAUGCCGUCCAGCGGCGUCAUCGGGUGACAGACACACAGGAAGCGGCGGCUACACCUGAGGGGGGGGGAAAGGGAGCUCGCCGAGUAGGCAGCGGCGGCAGAAGGAAGCAUCAUGCAGGAGGACAGUUCGCCGAAGCCCAGCAAGUCCGGUUUUAUUCUUCCAAUCAACCCCCUCUUGCAUGAAUUGCCUAGCUAUCAGACUUUGGUUAGAGGGUCUCACAGUGUUUCAGCCACAACCAGACGGAGAAGUAGUUACUUCAGGUCUUCACUGAAGAGAAGAGAUUCAUUGAGAGAUGAAGUUGAACAAACCAGCAGACCAUUGCGAGAAUUUCCCAUUAGUAUUCAAGAGAAGAAGAAAAUCAGAGAUAGACAAGAUUAUCAAACAUACACGCCCACAAGUCAGAGCAUUAUAUUUAAAAAAAUGAAAUGGAGACGGCUUGCUCAAGGAUUUAAGGAGCAUAUGUCUAGCCUUUAUCUUUGGAAAAAAGAUAUCCAUGAUAUAGAAGGCAAAUUUGGCACUGGAAUCCAGUCUUAUUUCUCCUUUCUCCGUUUUCUGGUUCUGUUGAAUUUUGUGAUUUUUCUGUUAAUGUUUACUUUUAUUAUCCUUCCAAUGAUUGUUUCAGUGUACGGAGUUGUUAACAUCACAAGCACCCAAGUUUCCUCUUCUGGCAUAGCUGAAGAAUGUACCGAGUAUGGAGACUCUAACCCAGGGCUUAUCUUCUUCUAUAGCCACAUGAUUAAUCUUCUCUCAGGAACAGGAUUCUUAGAGCAGACCUAUCUGUUUUAUGGAUUUUACCAAACAGAUGAGUUGCGUUCUGACUAUUUUCACUACAAUAUACCACUUGCAUAUUUCAUUACAACAUUUGCAUACAUCCUACUGAGUCUUUUCUGGGUAGUGAAAAGGGCAGUGGAAGGUUUCAAGCAAAGCUUUAUCAGAUCGGAAGACCGAUUUCAGAGUUUUUGUAAUAAGAUUUUUGCAGGUUGGGACUUUUGUAUCACAGAUGAACAUGCUGCAGAGUUGAAACAUAGCAGUCUUCAGUAUGAGCUGAAGACUGACUUGGAUGAAGAAAGAAUAAAGCAGAAGAUUGCAGAUAGGACUCAGAAGGAAAAAUGCCAGAUCUACCUCCUAAGAGCUCUCUUGAACUUGCUUGUUUUACUGAUACUGGCUGUUUGUUUUUACUGCAUUUAUAGAACCACUGUUUACUCGCAACAAUUCCAUUACACACAAAAUAAUGCUGGAAGCUUCACAUUCGAUCUCACAGUUCAAUACUUGCCCUCUAUUGUGAUCACUGCAGCUAACUUUAUCACUCCACUCCUAUUUGAACGUAUAAUCAGAUUUGAAGACUAUUCACCAGCCUUUGAGAUCAAAUUCAUGCUUCUCAGGUCCGUAUUUGUACGAUUGGCUAAUAUUAUUGUUCUCUUGGUGAGCUUAUGGUCACAAAUUACAACAUGCGAUGGUGGAGAAUGCAAGCCUUGUGGAUACAACCAUAAAUUGUACCCAUGCUGGGAAACCCGAAUAGGACAAGAAAUGUACAAGUUGAUGAUAUUUGACCUGAUUAUAAUUGCUGUUGUUACAUUGUUCGUGGAAUUUCCCAGAAAAUUACUUGUGACUUUUUGCCCUUUCCCACCUUUCACAUGGUGGGGGCAACAACAGUUUAGUGUUCCGCAAAAUGUGUUAGAAAUUGUAUAUGGUCAGACUAUCUGUUGGAUUGGAACAUUUUAUUCACCAUUGCUCCCUGGAAUAGCAACCAUCAAAUAUUUUGCUAUAUUUUACAUCAAAAAGGUUUCUUUGAUGAACAACUGUCGGCCUUCCACCAGACCUUUUCGAGCAUCAAGUUCUAACUUCUUCUUUUUAGCAGUUCUGUUAAUUGGGCUUCCGUUAGCCUGUGUUCCUAUACUCUUCAGUAUUGCAGUAAUUAGUUCAUCAAAAUCAUGUGGGCCAUUUGUUAAAUUCAACAGCACAUGGGAAAUUAUACCAACCACUAUUGACAGUUUUCCAGGGGGCCUUCAGAAUCUUCUAUAUGGAUUGGGAUCCGAAAUUUUUGCCGUGCCAUUCUUUAUUUUUGUAUGCCUCAUUCUGUUUUAUCUUGUUGCUCUGGCUGCAGCACACAAACGAGUUGUUGUUCAACUAAGAAAUCAACUAGCUAUGCAAGGUCGUGACAAGCAGUAUCUGAUCAGAAAACUGACAAGAGAAUCAUUCAUUGCAAAGAAGAAACUUGCCAUGUCUAAUGCUGAGAAACAAUGAAACAAGAUUUUUUAAUACAUAUUUCAGGAGCUCAUAGGUGAACAGAAGACUGCUGUGUCGCAUGAUAACUAACAUUUUAGGAAAUGUGUUCUGUAAUUCACGAUCUUCCUGAAAACCUUUCCUGAAUAUUUUGUUACUGAUGAAGGUUAGUUAUCACUAUUCUUCAUAAACGUUCUUUGGGGUUUUAUUUUCCUGAUACUUACUAAAAUGUUACCAUUGCCAUGUUAAAAUCAAUAUUGCAAACUGUAUUUGCUGAAAGCUUCUAUGGGCAACCGUUUGCAUUUGUUUACUGUAAACCACUUGUACUAACUUUUAAAAUAUAGCAUUUGUUUACUAUUUCUUUCCCUCUCUGUACAUCCUUUAGAUGGUUUAAGUACACUAUUAGCAAAUAGCAUUAUUUAUUUGCAUGUAUUUUCAUUAACUAUUUAAUACUGUGAAGCAAGCAGUACCCAUAAUGUGUACCACUCAGAUAUUGUAUGCACUACAAACUACUACCCAUUCACUGUGCAUAACCUUGUUUUUUUUUUAAAAUAUGUCCUAACGACUGAUUGGUAAGGAAAAGGAGACAAUUAUUUGAUUUCAGAGUUUUACAAUGUACACAAUUCUUGUUUGUGAAAUUUAUUUUGAUACUGAUACAUACGGAAUAGCUUUACUCAGUAACAAAAUAUACAUUAUAUACAGUGAAUACCUUUUCUGCAGUGAUGGAUAUGAAAGCUGGCCAAAGCAUGUGGAUUUUCUAAAAUUCCACCUCCACAUUCUAAGUAUUGUUUUAAAAAAAACUCUUCAAAUAUUGGCAUUGCCAAUGGCUUCCAUUAUAAACUGAUUUGCAUCUCCCAGAAACAUAUCAAAUACAUCCGUCCCUUUAUCAAAUUACCAAUAUUCAUUUGCUGUUUAAAUAAGUUAGUGGGGAAGAUAUCAUUUGGGUUAACUGUUCUGUCUUAAACUUAUGUGAUUGGAUAGCUUCUCUCAAAUAGCCUUAGAUUUCUGAGAGUCCAUAAAUUUCCAUGGUGGUUUACCCAAUCAUCUGCCAGAGCUUAACACAUAUUUACCAUGUUCUUCAAAUGUUUUCAGAGGUCUUUGGUUGAGGUUACUUUUGUUAAGAACAUGUCUAUAAAACACAAUGAUAUCAAUGUAAUUACUAAAUGUACAUUUAUAUGCCUAUCUUUGAAUUUUUUAACAAUUUUGAUGGCAACCUGCACUUCCUGCAGAUGCUCUAACAUAUUUCCUUCUGUUGGUUAAUAACUUCUAUUAUUAAGUAAUUUUGUUCUUCAUCUCUGAGAUCUGAUAGUAAAAUAUUGGGAUGGAUCUUGCUGGAAAGAUAUUGCUUGUUAACAACAACCACCAGUAUUAAUAUGUAAUUUGACCAACAAGUUAAGGGUUGCCUAGUGAUUUACAAAUCUUGAGAACUUAAUGGUUAAUUUGCAUCACUCUACCAUUUACUUUGAACAUUUGGCACCUCACUCUUACUUUCCCCUUUAUGUAUUAAACUUGCCAUGGGGUGUUACGUCUGACAGUAAUUGUAAUGCAGUGCCAAUAACUCUUUGUAAUUCAUAAACACAUCAGAUUUAAGUCGUCAUGUUAUUCCUUAAUGUGGUAAACUGACAAUAGGCAUGUUAUAAGACUUCUUUUUAAAAAAGAGUCUUUGUCUUGAAAUUGGAUUGUGCACCAUUAGGAAAAUCAAAAGUAGUUGAAAAAUCAGGGACUUCACGUGAGUUGUGCAAAGUCUGCUAUUUCCCUUCUGGGUUAGAAUGUUGUUCUCACCAUUCCCAAAGCCUACGUCCCAUUGUAUUCACCAUGCCAAUAUAAGCUCAUGCUUUUAUCAAGUUAUGGGGCAAAAAUGCAGGAGUCUUACUCGUUGGCAUAUGCUGCAAGAUGCCUCAAUCUGAUUAAAAAUCAGCAUUUUAAAAACUCUGUUACAUCAGACUUUGAAAUAAAGCUAAUGAAAAAUUAAGAGGGUAAAAGAAAACAUAUGUUAAUGUAAUAUUGUGGAGCAGAACAAUUAGCAUAGUUCCUGAGCAAGCAACUUAAAUUUACUUAAAUUGAAAGUGAUGCAAGUCAACAUUCACUUAACAGAAAUUAUACCUUAAAAGGUACAAUUGCUGUUAAGUUGCCUUGAAAGAACAUAGUACUGGCAUAAUUAUACUGUUAUCAAAACAUGUAUAACAAUUAUGAUCACCAUAUUUAAUGAUAAAUAUCUGAUUAUUUUGAUGUGACUCAGGGAAUAUUAUAUAUAAAUUGAGGCUGUAUUGCAAAUCUGCAUUCAAUGUGUUGCAAUUACACUAUCCACAGAGGAUUAAAAUUAGACUACAGCUCCCUAUAGUCAUCUGAGGUAUUUUAGCAGAAAACCUUUAACAGUUGUCCGGCUGUACCAUCGGCCAGAUUAGGUGUGUUGUGUGCGAACAAAUUGCAAUAAGAAAGAGCUGGAUAACUUAGCUCAGAUUUGAGCUUUUUUUUUAACCACUACAUUUUUUUACUAAAUCUGGAGCAAAUAUUUUAGUUAAUGCAUAUUUCUGUGAUAAAGAUGAAAGUAUUAUAUACAUGUUUCUUUGUAAGUCUUGUAGUUUAUUUUUAAUGAAACUUUAUUAUGUAUUGAAUAUAUUAUUUACCUACAAUAUUAGAUUUUCUCCAGAAAACUAACUAGUUGUGUUUUCCUUAAUAAACUAUCAUUCUUAUUUUU